CCCGCGAACUUAAAUGCGUUUACAGUACACCCUGCUUGUGGAGGGAAUUUGAGUUGGCUACUGUGCGGUGGUCUUGCGGGUCGGCGACUGUUUAUUUACAGUCUGGAGGCACACAGAAGCGAUUGAGAAGGGACAAGGGUAAGGGUGUGUUUGCUGUGAGGGUACCGUCUGGUUUUGCUGAAGGGCACAGCGACUACGUACUACUUAACGACUUCAGAAUGAGCGGGUUUUGCUUUUUUCUCGCGGUUGCCGCGCUGAGCGUCGCGUCCUCGUCAGGAUUCACUCUCCUAGCAGCGGAGCCUGACACGCAUGUCCUCGGGAGGUUCAAGCAGGCCGGCCGAGAGUUUGUCGUCGAGUCGACCGCUCUGGAGGACGAGAUCGUCUCAGAGAUCGGCGUGGUCCAAGAUGAAGGCGUCUACACUCUCUCUCGCCUGCACAUUCCCGCUAAGUACCUCAAGCAGCGGCAGGUACCGGGCCUCCGGGAGAAGGUGGUUGGGGAGGCGGGCCAGCUGCUCCGACGGGCCGGCGAGGCCGGCCUGAAGCUCGGCACAGUAGCGAAGGUGUACGACAGGCUGGUCCACCGCCUCUACAACUCCACUCACGGGAAGGAGAUGGAGAAGAGCCAGCUCCGCUUCGCGCCCAUGUACCAUCUCUCCAUCGCACGCGUGGCGCAGAGGCUGGGCAAACUCGGACUCAACACCACGGACGCGCUCUGCACGGACAGCCUGUCCUACGUCCACGGCAACGGGCUGUUCUCGUGCGAGGAGGACUUCCACCGGGCGGUCCCAGUGAAGUCGGCGGUGGCUAGCGCGUCCAGGGUCCGCCGGCAGGCGUUCGGCGGGUCGCGGUCCUACAGCAGGGACGUGGACGAGCUGUACUUGGACGUGCCGGAGCUGUACGAGGGGCACAUCCAGUGGACCUACGGGAACAUCCCCGUGGCCUGGUGGAAAACCGCGCAGAGGAUCGCCAGGAAAGUGGCCUGCGGAUCACCGUCAUGCAGACAGACGGGGUGCGAGGAGUUCUACGAAGGCUGGUUCCUCCGCAACACAGACUACGGGUGCUGCAGCGUGCGGGACGAGCCCAACAGGAUGGGCUGCUGCAGGAUAGCCUCGCUGUCGUGCUACAUCCACUCGGCCCGCUGCUCGUGCUGCGUCAUCCCCUACUACUGCGGGUGGGGCUGCAUCCCCGACCCGGUGGCCUGCUACGGCUGGGACCGAGUCUACAGCUACGGCUACAACGCCUAAACCUGCGGAGGGAAUGGCCUCAGUCGAAGGCUUCUAGCAGUGUUGUUUUAUUUUGCAUAGGAGUGUUCUUUCACACAACCAGUUUUUCUCACCUGCUGACGUUUUGAUGUCUGUCCGACAUCUUCCUCAGAGCUUUUAACCGGAGUUCUGUUUCUCGCCGCCAAACGUCAGCAGGUGAGAAAAACUGGUUGUGUAAAAGAACACUCCUAUGUCCUAUGAUCUACCAACCUGAUGAAAUUAUUUUCUGAAGCGCUGUUUUCUGUUUUAUUGUGGGAGCGCUGAUUCGAAAUUUUGGACAUGGGCUUUCUCUAAUCCAGCGGCAUAGCUGAAAAAUUUGCAAAAUUGUCUAAACGCACGGAAUUUGGCACACAUACAGUUGAAUGUUCUGCCUAGAAUUGAUUUUAUGGCACUUUUGGGGUCAUCUUUUUUACCAAAAAUGUAUAGUUUGGACUGCUAUGCCGGGAGAGGAAGUAUCCUCAUGGCCAGACCCUCUUCCGGCAUUAUAGAACCUUAGCCGAUGUUGGAAUUUGUGAAUCAGCCCCCCCCCCCCCA